CACCGUCGCCAUCACCAUCGUCGUCGCUGUCGCCGUCACCUACCAUGAUCUCAAGGCUGGCUGGUGGUCAGCUAAAAUACCACUUGGUCCUUGCGAGUUGAAGAGAUACUGCCCACUAUGUCCGGCAAGAUGCGUCGCGAAGCAUCGCAUGCGAGUUCAAUCUCGAACCCGGCUGCCAGUCCGAAGGGACGGUUGAACUUCUUCAAGAAGAGACAAUUCAGUGUAGACGGCGCAGAGGCUUCUGACAAGAUCGACGAGUUUCCGGUCAGCGACAGGACAGUGAACUCGCCGUUUCAUUUCCCAGACAUCGAAGCCUCACUAAAGUUAACGAGAUCAAGUUCAAACUUGCCUUCACCGGAUUCGUUCGUUGGCGCAACUCACGAUGCGCAGUACUUACAUCUCCGCGAGAAUACCCGACGGAUUCGAAAAGCCACGCUCGACCCAAAGAAAGUGGAUGCAGCAUGGGAAGUCUAUAAGAAAUACAGGGAGGAAUCUCAUCAACUGUGCAAGAGCCUACUUGAAAAAUCCCAAAAUCGCGGUCGCAGCGCAUCUCUCGAAUCAAAUAUCAGCCCUCUGGAUACUCAUUCCUCAUCCAGUGGUUCAAUCACAGAGACCUUCUUACCAUUCAAGGUCAACGAUCAAUGGCUUGCAGCUAUUCAGGAAUACAAAGGUGUUCAAGAAGUGAUGCUCGAUAAUUUCCGCAAUUCGAUCGCAGGGACCUUUAAGGAGUACCAGCCCGGUUCUUCGGAGAAGCAGCUAGAAGCAUUUCUGGCUGACAAGGAGUUACGGAAAAGCUACAUCGCCCAAUGGAGAGAAAUCAGCAUUCACAAAAUGAAGUCGGAGAAACUUCUCUUUUGGCAGCAAUACAGAAUACGCUCUUUGAACUUCCACACCCUUGCCCAAGAUCUACAAGCUCUCGAGCAACUGUUCGACGUAGCGGAUUCAGGUAUUGCUGAGAAUAUGACUAUUCGCGAAUAUGUGAUUAGCAAAAAUGGGGAUGCGAUAUUGGAGUUUGCAAAUGCAGCAUCUGAGAUACACCCCAUCUUAAGGUUUCGUGUGUCCUCACACCUCCUGGCCGAAGCCUCGCCACUGUUUGCAUAUAUGUUCUCACCUUCACGGCAAGAAGGAGGAGCUUCAUUCGAUGUGAUUGCUGAUCUACCACCACCACCCUCAAGGUAUACCUGCAAAGACAAAAUGGAAGUAAAGGUAUACCGAAUGCCUCAAAUCGAGCUCAACAACAAUGAAGCAUUGACGAUACUGCUCCAUUCUGCCCAUAUGCACAAGUCUGAAGUUCCGAGAGAGAUUGAUUUUCCGACCUUCGUCAGCAUUGCGGAAGUAUGCUUACGAUACCGGUGUACGCCGGUGCAGCUUGAAAUGCAGGUCGAAUACCAAUGGCUCCCUCAAUGGAAACACAUGGCAAACGAUAGUAGCCAAGGUCGAGAUGGCCUUCUGCUGAUUAGCUACGUGUUUCGUGCUCAAGAGGUGUUUACACAGGUAUCCAAAAACGCGAUAAUGAAUACCGUUGAUGAGGCAGAAAUUGAGAGCAAGGCCAUCUGGCCUCAGACUGUCAGGGAACGGAUUAAAGCAGUCAGAGCUGCAAAGCUUGCUCAGAUCCAUGAGUGUUGUACCAACACCAUCAAAGAGUAUCUAUGUCCGCCAGAGGACAUUACUGGUCGUUCAGCAAGCAUUGGAUCACCUACGCCGACAAUGCUGCCUCGGUGCCCAAGGAAAUCUCGAACGUGCGAUGCAAUAAAUCUCGGUUGGCUUAUGUACUGUUACAACAACUUGGGGAUUUUAUCGAACAUGAUGAAUAAUGACAGCUUCUACGAUCUACCCACGUCGCCCCGUCGAAGUCUCAAAGAACUAGUGGAUUGUUUGAGAUCGCUUCCCAGUUCUCCCCAGGGACACAAUGGAAUCUGCGAUUAUGCUCCUGCGCUUAGAAGUGCUAUCAAUGAUAUCUACAACAGUGUCUCAGGACUAACAUUAAAGGAGGUUGGUUUGACCCAUGACAGGAGCUCUAUGGAAGGUCCGAACAGCGAUCUACCGCGGGACGUGCAUGAAUUACAAGCAAUCGAACACAGGGCUUACAGAAGCGGGCCAAUACCGAUCUCUUCUGAUGCAGCGGUUUGCCUGCGCAUUCUAUCUUAUCUUGAUGACAUUGAUGAUCUCAAUGCCGCGGCGAUGAUCGAUAAAGGAUUCUAUGGUGUGUUCAAGAGAAACGAGGCAGCCCUUUUGAGGAACGUGGUGAAAGCUGAGAGGAGAAGGACAUCCUCGAUGGCUAGCCCCAAUAAAUCUGAUACUAUCCGGGUUUCUGCGAGACAAAGGGCCCCUCAUAGAUCUCGACCCAAAACUGGCGAUGAAACAAAGUCUCUUCUAUCGGACUACGUGCUAUCCGCACCGCAGAAUGAUUUAUACGAUAUUUCACCUCUACAAUCACCGCGCGGUUCUGACGAGGUACCUAUGUCCCAUGAGGAAGCACAAAAAAUCCUUUGGCCGGACGACCUGGUCAACAGCCUAAAGACGCCAGAACCGCGCAUGAACGAUGAGCCUCUCGAAGAAAAUGAAAAGUAUUUGAUGGGUGAAUUUGCCCACAGUGAAGAUAAGGCAAGGAUGGAAGACAAUAGUAAGCAUUUACGUGAUGAAAAGGAUGUAGCUUUGGGACUCGGGAUAUAUAAACCGGAUGGGUCCCGAUGAGAUUUGAUGGCAUGGUGGCGUUUAGGUUGCAAAAUCCAAAGUGAGUACCGGUGCUGGUCCAGUCAAUUGUAGCGCCAUAUACCCUGAGCACAUCCUUGGUGUUGAUGUCUUGAGAUAUACGGUUUGCUUAUGUUUAAAUGUAAUUGGAUACCCUUUGAUAUAUAUCAGUGCAGUUCAUUGG